AUGACAGCAUCCUCCAACUGCCACCCAAAGAUAUUCACGCUCGAAGGUCGAGGCUUGAAGCUCGACUCUUUGGCCGAUGUGGAAGAGCAUAUAAAGCCUUUGCGCUUUAUGCAGGAUGUUGAGGAAAUUAGGCUGCUAGGAAAUACCCUAGGCGUCGAAGCCUGUCAAGCCAUAGGCGAGGUUAUAGCGACGAAAAAAUCACUUCAAGUUGCAAAUCUUGCGGACAUUUUUACCGGCAGACUUCUCAACGAAAUCCCCCUCGCACUCUCAUCUUUACUCCGAGCAUUAGGAAACCUCCCAAACCUGCACACAAUUAAUUUAAACGAUAACGCAUUCGGGCUUAAUACACAGGCUCCCCUUGUCGAGUUUAUUUCAUCUCAUGUGCCGCUCAAGCACCUAAUACUAAAUAACAAUGGUCUCGGACCAGAGGCCGGAAUCAUGAUUGCAGAGGCUCUGUCCACUCUUCAUGCUAAGAAAGAAGAGGCUCGGAAAGCUGGUUUGGAUAUUCCUCAUUUGGAGACUGUAAUAUGCGGACGAAAUCGACUCGAGACUGGUAGUAUGAAGGCAUGGGCGAAGGCUUACAGUCUACAUACGGGCCUGAAGAACAUCAAAAUGGUACAAAACGGGAUUAGACCAGACGGUAUCAGUUUACUUCUAAGAGAUGGUCUCAAGCACUCGAAGCAAAUCGAAAUACUAGAUCUGCAAGAUAAUACCUUCACAAUCAAGGGCGCAAAUGCUCUAGCAAUUGUAUCCCCGGGCUGGACAGAAAUACAAGAACUCGGCAUUGGAGACUCGCUUCUUGGCGGGAGAGGUGGAGUUGUCGUAGCUGAGGCACUUGGAAAGGGGAUGAAUAAGAAGCUACAGACACUUAGGUUACAAUAUAAUGAUAUCGGGGCCAAGGGCCUUCAGGCACUUGCCUUAGCGACGAAGGAUUCUUUGCCGGCUUUGAGGAAGCUUGAGUUAAACGGCAACAAAUUCUCGGAGGAUGACGAAAGUAUCGAAGUACUUCGGUCAUUACUGCUCACGCGGAAGGAAGAAACUAAUGAGUUAACAGUCAUUGAUGAAGAAUGGGGUCUAGAUAGUUUGAGUGACCUGGAGGAUGAUGACAGCUCUGAUGAAGAAGAGGACGAAGUUGAAGCAGAAGAUGAGAUGCGGAAACGUGUCUCACUAGCAGCUAAUAAAGCUCUGGAGGGCCCCAGUGUGACUUCUGGAGCAACUGAUAUAGAUGAACUAGCUCAAAGUCUCGCCAACGUCAAGAUAUGA